AUGGUCCACGAAAUCGAAAAUAAUGCUGACUCACAGGAUUCCAAACUCAUUGAUACAUUCAAAGGAUUUUGUAUGAACGUGAACAACAUGAUCGGGAGUGGAAUAUUUUCUACGCCUGGUCUUAUUUGGUAUUUAACUGGAAGUGGCGGGAUGACUUUACUCUUAUACGUUGUAGGGUCACUUUUUUCUUUUGCGGGAAGUCUUAUAUACGUCGAGCUCGGUAGUAAAAUGCCCGAGUCAGGCGGUGAACAACGCUAUCUAGAAAAUUCGUUCCCGAACCCCGAUAAAGUUGUAGGAUACAUAUUUAGUUUUUGUACCAUUACCGGUGCCAUUAUAACAGAUGCAAUUAUUGCUUCAGAAUAUAUAAUUUAUGCAAGAUCUAACGACACAACCACUUUAAAUCCUGAGGGAUAUGUCGCAUCCUUCUUAUUUUGGGAAACUUUGACAUUAUUGGUUAUUUCUAUAAUUGGAUUAACGGAAAUUACAAAAAAUCCUGGAAAGCUAACUUGGAACGCUCUGUUCGCUGGAACAAAAGGGAUUGAUGAUUUUGGUAAUUACUGUAGCUCUAUGUUGCAGGUGCUAUUCGCUUAUGAGGGAUGGAACAAUCUGAAUUAUUCUUUGAGUGAAAUGAAUGAUGUCUCUAGGAGGCUAAAAUAUUCAAACCUAUUAAGCGUUUUUCUAUUACAUGUAUAUUUUGCAUUGGAUCACGAUGAGGCCCACCGAGGCACUUAUAAAGAGAUCAUGAGUGCGACAUUAGGUGAUGUAAUUGAUUUUAGACGCGGGAUUUCGGCUUUGGUUGCAUUAUCUUCAAUUGGGGCUGCUUCUUCGUUGGUUUGGGGUGGUUCUAGGAUUAUUGCAUCUGCUGCCGAUAGCAAAUUUAUUCCCUACUUCUCUUCGCACUUAAAAGAAUUUCAAAGUGUUCCUAGGAUUAUCUCAAGAAGAUUUCAAGUGGUUAACGUAAAUCACAAUGAAAAUAACGAUGAAAAUAAUGACGAUGAAAAUAACGUAGAUCACAAUGAAAAUAACGAUGAAAACAAUCAUCAUGAAGCUCCUUCACCCUUACGAAAUACUCGUAACCAUGACCCAAUAUUCGGCUCUCAUAUUCUAUGGCCUCAGUGCUUUGGGUUUGCUGGUAAAAGUUUUUUUGUUGUUGAUGUUAAAUACACUCACCUACAUCCCAAUACUUAA